AUUACACUGUUGUCUAUAAAGUUUUACUGAACUUGAAAUUGCCGGAAGUAAAUCCUUUCAGCGCAUGCGCAGUGUUUUGUAACGCUAGCGUGAAUUCGACGGCGAGAUAUCGGUGACCACGUAGUUCUUGGCUGUUCUGCCGGUGAAUUCACCUAACCGCAGCAAUGGAUUUCCAACACCGAGCCGGCGGUAAGACCGGGAGCGGCGGGGUCGCCUCGGCUUCGGAAAGUAACCGCGACCGUCGAGAGCGUUUAAGGCAGCUGGCAUUGGAGACCAUCGACAUUAACAAGGACCCUUAUUUUAUGAAGAAUCAUUUGGGUUCCUAUGAGUGCAAACUGUGCCUCACGCUGCACAACAACGAGGGGAGCUAUUUAGCUCACACACAGGGGAAGAAGCAUCAGACCAAUUUAGCGAGACGAGCCGCUAAGGAGGCCAAAGAGGCUCCAGCCCAGCCGGCCCCGGAGAAGGUGAAGGUGGAAGUAAAGAAGUUUGUGAAAAUCGGUCGCCCAGGAUACAAAGUGACUAAACAGAGAGACCCAGAGAGUGGGCAGCAGAGUUUACUCUUCCAGAUCGAUUACCCGGAGAUUGCGGAGGGAAUCGGACCACGGCACCGCUUCAUGUCAGCCUAUGAGCAGCGCAUCGAGCCCCCCGACCGCCGCUGGCAGUACCUGCUCAUAGCGGCAGAGCCCUACGAGACCAUUGCCUUCAAGGUUCCCAGCAGAGAGAUUGACAAGGCAGAGAGCCGGUUCUGGACACAUUGGAACCGAGAGACAAAACAGUUCUUUUUGCAGUUUCACUUUAAGAUGGAGAAAGCCUUGCCCCCACCCAGCUGUCCGGUGCCCCCCAUGGGGGUGAAGAGGCCACCUCCUCUGAUGAGUGGGCUUGGUCCACGACCUCCCACAAGUGAACCAGUCCCCCCACCGCCUCCCGGUGGUAUGCACCUGCCCCCCCUGCCCCCGGAGGGUCCAGGGUCUGCACAGAUGCCCCCUCAAAUGCCCCCUCAAAUGCCCCAUGCUCCAGGCAUGCCUCCACCUGGUCCAGUGCCCCCCAUGAUGAGGCCGCCGCUGCCGACCGAAGGCCCCGGGGGGAUGCCCCCGCCCCCACCAACCAACUAGUAUUUUAUGUUCUAGAACUUUCCGCUUGUCACUAUUAUUUUCAAGUUUCUUGGUUGUGUAAAUCCUCAGGACAUGGCUUUUAUACAGUCUACAUACAUUUUUGAAAGCUCCCCCCUCCUCCCAUGUUACUUUUAAAAAAAUAAUUUGUGUGUGUGUGUGUGCGCAGAGUGUGCUUACCCCCCCACCCCCCCUGGUAUCACUCCGCCUCACACGACAAUUACUUUUAUAAAUAAAAAAUGAGCCAUCAGCACA